AUGGUGCCAGUGGCCAAUCAGACGGUAGAUUCCUCCUCCCUAGCCGCCCCUCCCUCAGUCAGACUGACACUCGCGCGAGAGACACACUGCGAGUCACUGCGACCAGCUCGUCCAGUAUAUCACUCGACGGAAACCGCUACUGCCCUGCUCUCAUAG